GUGGGAACAACAGACAACCGCGCCCCCUGGCGGCCGGUGCGAGCGGCGCAGGACGCUGGGAAUAAAAAGCUCCAUCAUCCUCCUGCCAUACGAGCAUCGUUUUCGCUGGAGAUUGAGCAUCCUCCCUACACCCAUGACUGCGGACUAGGGCCGCUCAUUAACGGACAAACAGAGGGAUUUAAGGACAGUAUUAUGGCGAAGCACCGUAAAGACAGAGACAGCUGGGGUGAGUGGUCCCUCAGUGACAAACAUGUCUACGACUGGAGCUCAGAGGAGGAGGAGCCGGACGGACGAGCCCGGCCCGUGCAGGUGCUGCUGGUCAAAGACGACCACACCUUCGAGCUGGACGAGGCGGCGCUGAGCCGCAUCCUGCUGGCGGAGGAGGUCAGAGACCGAGAGGUGGUGGCCAUCUCUGUGGCCGGAGCUUUCCGCAAGGGCAAGUCCUUCCUCAUGGACUUCAUGCUGCGUUACAUGUACAACCAUGCGUCUGAAGGCUGGCUCGGAGAUAACGAAGAGCCUCUGACCGGCUUCUCCUGGAGGGGGGGCUCCGAGAGGGAGACCACCGGGAUCCAGAUCUGGAGUGAGGUGUUCCUGGUGGACAAACCAGACGGCAGAAAGGUCGCUGUAUUGCUAAUGGACACACAAGGCACAUUCGACAGCCAGUCGACGCUGAGGGAUUCAGCCACCGUCUUCGCACUGAGCACCAUGAUAAGCUCCAUGCAGGUUUACAACAUCUCACAGAAUGUACAAGAGGACGACCUUCAGCACUUGCAGCUUUUCACCGAGUACGGCAGACUAGCGAUGGAGGAGACUUUCCUCAAACCUUUCCAGUCGAUGAUUUUCCUUGUUCGAGACUGGAGCUUUCCAUACGAGUUUUCCUACGGCCAGGAAGGAGGCAUGAAGUUCCUCGAGAAGAGACUGAAGAUCUCAGAGAACCAGCACGAGGAGCUGCAGAACGUGCGUAAACACAUCCACUCCUGCUUCACCAACAUCUCCUGUUUCCUCAUGCCACACCCGGGCCUCAAAGUGGCCACCAACCCGCACUUUGAUGGAAGAAUUGCAGAGAUUGAUGGUGAUUUCUUAAACAACCUGAAGGUUCUGGUGCCGUGGCUGCUCAGUCCUCGCAACAUCGACGUGAAGGAGAUCAACGGCAGCAAAAUCACCUGCAGAGGCCUGCUGGAGUACUUCAAGGCGUACAUCAAAAUAUACCAGGGGGAGGAGCUGCCACAUCCAAAAUCUAUGCUGCAGGCCACAGCGGAGGCGAACAACUUGGCAGCAGUCGCAGCAGCGAAGGAUCUGUACAACAAGAAAAUGGAGGAGGUCUGUGGGGGUGAUCGGCCCUUCCUGGCCCCCAGCGAGCUGCAGGCCCGGCACAGCGUCAUCAGAGAGGAGGCCCUGCAGGUGUUCCGGGGCGUGAAGAAGAUGGGAGGCGAGGAGUUCAGCCGCCGCUACCUGCAGCAGCUGGAGGGAGAAAUUGACGAGGUGUUCGUCCAGUACAUCAAGCACAAUGACUCCAAGAACAUUUUCCACGCAGCCCGCACGCCGGCCACCCUGUUCGUGGUCAUCUUUGUCAUGUACGUGGCUGCGGGCAUCACGGGCUUUGUGGGCGUGGACAUCAUUGCCAGCCUGUGUAACAUGAUCCUGGGUCUGGCGCUGAUCACGCUCUGCACCUGGGCCUACAUCCGGUACUCUGGGGAAUAUCGGGAACUCGGCGCCGUCAUCGACCAGGUGGCCGGUGCACUGUGGGACCAGGGGAGCACAAAUGAGGCUCUCUACAAGCUGUACAAUGUAGCGGCCAAUCACAGGCACCUGUACCACCACGCCUUCCCCGGGCCUCAGGUGGAGGAGGUGGCGGAGGAGCAGGACAAGAAGAGGGACUGAUUAGAUAAGACAACAGGGACUUCCUGGUGAUGGACAGGUGGAGGAAGAGGAGGAGGAGAAGGAGAAGAAGGAGGAGGAACAUCCUCACCCAUCAGGCACUCUUUUAUUCUGGUAUUGGCUGGUGCUGCCCACCAAUACAUCCACUACUUUAAACCUAUAACGGACUGUAUAAUGUUGAUGUAUAGGCGAAGUCAGAGCAUCUCCUCAGCAGGCGAUGGAUGCCACUUAUCAUUGUCUCCCACCUUUUUUGUCUGUGAAAACAAACACCUGUACAGAUACUGUAGGAGACCUCGGCACAUCCAACCUCCACUCAGCUGUUGGUUUCAUAUCAGACGGGUUUCUUUUUUUCCUUUCGUUUGUCGCCGACAACGAUCGAUUUUUUUCAAAAGUAUAGCCAGAUCUGUGAACUCUCCCCCCUUCCAUUAGUGACGAUCGUUCUGUUCUUUGAAGUUUAGUGCUGUUUUUAAAAAAAAGAUAACAAUAUCUACGAUCUGCGAUGUUUGAAAGCCAAAAUAUGUACUGUAUGUUAAAUAAUGAAGCGUUACAAGCAUCAUCAGCAUGGUAAAUGGUUAAUGUUUGUCAUCUUUAAGCUCUAAAAACCAGGUAUACUUUAUAGAAAAAGAAAAAAAAUCGAGUUUCAAUGGUUGUGACAAAGUGGUAUCGUGCCAUGACAUGUAAAAAAAAAGAAAAAAAAAAGAUUUCACAUCUGCAAAGGCAUUUAUUAGUUGUACACAGUUCUGUUUUGGAGGUUGGUUCUGGAUCAGGGACAUGUAAGAGCACCGGGUGGAAAAGACAAAAACAGAGCGACAGCCGCUCAAAGUUUACACAACACAGCCGACAUUAUCACUCACUUUGUAGUCCGCUUGCAGUUUUGUAAUUACACAGUGAUCCUCUCUCUCUCUGUGUAUGUGUGUGUGUGUGUGUGUGUGUGUGUGUGUGUGUGUGUUUGGUCUUUGAGGGGAAAGCGUGUGUUUGGUUUUUCCAUUGUGGUGCAGAGGUGGUGGGUGAAGCCAUUGUUGCGUUUUUUCUCACUGAAUGUUCGAGCAAAUCCGAGGAAUGUAGCUGUUCCGCGGCCGCCGAGGAAUCAAAGCGAGUUUGUUAUUAGGCGGGGCGACGGGGGCCCUGCUUUUUGGAAAACGAUCCUCAUUCCACAUCUCUGUCAUCAUCUUCACACACUUAAGUUGAAGCAUCUGUAAUCUAAAAACCAAAAAAAAAAAAAAACAACAACAAAAAAGCAUCUGUUGCAUUUGUAAACAAAAGGCUUGUGUUGGUGUGUGAAUACUUUGGCUUGGUAGACUGUUACUGUACAUUUGUAAAACUGUGGUUAUAGUUUUUUUUUUUUUUUUUUUUAAUCAUAGAGCUCACUGCUUUUCACGUACAGCUGCAGCACUUCUCUCUCCGUAGAUCUGGUCACCGGCGGUACAGGAACACUGUCAUGCAUAUUUAGCAAGUUUAUACUGAGGUUUGACCUCAAGGGAUGAAAAUUUAACGGCACUGCGGCGGAGCGGCUUCUCGAGUCUUCCACAAUGUAUAAUCAACAUCAGUGAGGCCUUCACGCAAAAGAACCACCUAAGUCCGCUUUAAGAUUCGUGAGGUUUCUUUUUUUCCCUUCGUGGCUGCGUUCAAGUGUCCAUUCAUGAGUCAGAAAAAAAGUAGCAUUUUGUUUCGUGUUGCGUUUACACUCCAGAUUAAAUAAGAAUUGGAAGAUUUGACGCAUUCAAAAAGAAAAAAAAAA